AUGGCGGUCGUACCCGCUGCCUUACCGGCAUUUCCUCCGUUUGACCUUUCUUCGGAUCACACUACUAUUGGGGACCGUUGGCAGCGCUGGAUAAAUCGAUUUGAAAAUCUACUCGUUGGUCUCAAUAUCACAAGUCCAGCCCAAAAGAAAGCACUGCUUCUACAUUACAUUGGGGAUGACGGAUAUGACGUAUACACCUCGCUGGAGCCGCACCCAGGUACAGCCGUAACUCAAUCCUCCGAAGCAGAAACACGACCCGAUGCAGCCUCCACGGCAGAUGUUUACGCUACAGCUAAGAAAAAGCUCCACGAUCACUUCACGCCUAAGGUAAACAAAGACUACGAGAUCUUUCAGUUCCGACGGACAACGCAACAAGAAGAUGAGAACAUAGAUUCCUUCUAUACGCGUUUGCGCACAAUGGCUCGGAAUUGCUCGUUUGCAAACACUGAAGCAGAAAUCAAAUCUCAAAUUGUUCUCGGCACAACGUCCACCAAACUGCGACGCUUCGCACUACAGACGGAUGCAACACUUGACCAGCUUCUGACACAAGGCCGCACUUACGAAAUUACAGCUCGACAAGUGAAAGAUAUUGAGGCAUCGAUGUCCACAGAUGUGCAUCGUCUUACACGCAAGAAGUCUCAACGUAGCAACGCAUCUACUGACACGGGAACGUCAACGAGCACGCGUCAAGACAAGCAGUGUUUCAACUGUGGUGGUGCUUGGCCUCACAAAGGCGGAAAACAGUCUUGUCCAGCACGAAAUGCAACAUGCAAUGCGUGCCGGAAACGUGGCCAUUUCGCAGUCGUGUGCCGCAGUAAAAACAACACAAGCGAAGACCCAAAUGUCGUUCAUCAAGUUACAAACCAGAGUGCAGACAGCGAGUCCGGUGAUGAAGCCUUUGCACUGUUCCCGAAAAGUUCUAAAGCCCCGAGGGUGAUGCUCACUGUCUUCAACAAGGAGUUAGAAUUCAUCAUAGACACAGGCGCUACGGUUAACAUAAUUAGCCUUGACACGUACAAUAGCAUCCCGCAACGACCCCAACUUGUCAAGCCCGUGCCAAAGGUCUUUGCAUAUGGAUCGAAGAAUGAGCUUCCGUUAGUAGGAAAGUUCCGGGCACCAUUCUCUUACAAGACUUCGGUGGUGGAAGAUACCGUCCUUGUCACAGCAACGCCUAGUGAGUCAUUGCUUUGUUUUCGGUUGGCUGAAGCACUUGGGCUCAUAUCCAUUGCUUACAAUGUGGCGACAAGCAAAGAAAACAUUCUAAGCAAGUACCCCAAACUGUUCACUGGCCUUGGAGAGUUAAGAGGAUUUGAAGUUCAGCUCCACAUCGACCCUACGGUUCCACCAGUCGCACAGAAAGCACGUCCUCUUCCAUUUCACAUUCGUGAAGCAGUAGAAAAGGAGAUCGACAGGCUGAUACAGCUAGAUGUUAUUGAAAAAGCCACGGGUCCAACAACGUGGGUGUCCCCCAUAGUCGUGGUUCCAAAGCCACACGCUCCUGACCAAGUGCGUCAGUGCGUUGACAUGCGCCGCGCUAACCAAGCUAUUAUACGAGAACGCCACACAUCACCUACACUAGAAGACCUCGUUACCUGCCUAAACGGUGCAAUGAUGUUCUCUAAACUAGACCUAAACGACGGCUAUCAUCAGCUGCUACUUAAGGAAGACUGUCGUCAUAUCACAACGUUCGCAACUCACAUGGGACUUUACAGGUACAAGCGGUUGAACUUCGGAAUAAACGCAGCCGCCGAACUUUUUCAAAAUACGGUUCGUCAAGUACUUGCAGGCAUUCCCGGCGUGAUAAACAUCAGCGACGACAUCCUGGUAUACGGCAAGACCGAAAGAGAACACAACGACUCCCUUGACGCUACCCUGAAACGUCUAGCCGACUGUGGAAUCACACUAAGUCCAAAAAAAUGCUGUUUUUUCCAGCGUGAGCUAACAUUCUUCGGACAUAUCUUCUCAGAGAAAGGCAUCAAACCAGAUCCUGCUAAGGUACAAGGCUUCCUAAAUAUGCCACCUCCAAGAGAUGUGUCUGAGGUCAGAAGCCUUCUUGGAAUGAUUACUUACUGUGGCAGGUUCAUUCCUAACCUAGCCCAGCUAACAGCGCCUUUACGCUCCCUGACAAAGAAGGAAACACCAUGGAACUGGACAACAGAGCAUCAAAAAGCACUGGACCAGCUAAAAGAUGUGCUCACUCAUAGCAGCAACCUGGCCUACUUCGACCAGAACAAAACCACCCAUCUCACAGUUGAUGCAGGUCCAAAGGGAUUAGGAGCCAUCCUCGCACAGGAUGGUGGUGACAGAACUCAUGUAGUGGCAUAUGCCAGCCGUAGCCUUACAGAGGCAGAAGAACGCUACUCGCAAAUCGAGAAAGAGACUCUUGCUGCGGUCUGGGCCAUAGAGCACUUUAAUAUCUACCUCUACGGAACCUCUUUUGUGCUACACACUGACCACAAACCGCUUGUGAAUAUUCUGACAAAUCCAAGUUCGCGACCAUCUGCAAGGAUUGAACGACUGUGUCUGCGAAUUCAGCAGUACAGCUUCACUGUACAACACCAGAAAGGAUCAGAAAAUCCUUCAGAUUACAUGUCCCGACAUCCUGUAGGGCAAACCAACCCAAGGUUUCGAGCCAGCAAGGUACCUGACGAGUAUGUCUUAUUCCUGUCAAGAAUCGCAGUACCUCGUGCAAUAAACACCGAGGAAGUCAUUAAGGCAACAUUGGCCGAUGUCACGUGUCAAGAACUCACACAAGCAAUUCAAGCAUGCCCCUCUAUAAGGCACGAUCUGUGGAAUAAGCCGCACGUCAAACCCUACAAGCCUCUAGAGACUGAACUGUCUGUGACGCCACAAGGUCUCAUACUGCGAGGCACAAGGUUACUGCUCCCUUCAAGUCUUCAGGAACGUGCAGUUCAGCUUGCCCACAAAGGACACAUGGGCAUGGUGAAGACUAAACAACUGCUCCGCGAGUCCGUUUGGUUUCCCAAAAUGGAUACCCUCCUAGAAAAGGCAGUACGCAAUUGCAUUCCAUGCCAAGCUGUCACACAUGGACCAAAACGCGAUCCUCUAAAGCCAACUCCACUGCCUGACGGGCCAUGGGAAAACCUUGCGAUGGACUUUGCAGGCCCAUUUCCGAAUGGAAAGUAUCUUCUGGUACUUGUAGAUGAAUAUUCCCGUUUCCCGGUAGUGGAAGUCGUUCCGUCAACCACAGCGUCAUCAACCAUAGCAGUGCUAAGAAGAACUCUGUCACAAUUCGGCAUCCCGAAGCAAAUAAAAACUGACAACGGACCUCCCUUCAACUCCUCAGAGUUUAAACUCUUCGCACAGGAACUCGGUUUCCGACAUCACAGAGUUACUCCGUUGUGGCCUGAAGCGAAUGGAGAGGCAGAACGCUUCAUCCAAACACUCAUGAAAGCGAUUAAAACGUGCCAUGUGGAAGAGCAGAACUGGAUGCAGAAAAUACAUGACUUUCUGCUCUGCUACCGUGCUACUGCGCACACCACUACAAAGCUUUCGCCAUAUGAGCUUCUCUUUGGAAGGAAAAUGUUGACCACCUUGCCGAGUUCGGUACACCGUGAGACCACGGACACACGCGACGCUACUCUCUCCAACGAUACAAGAGCAAAAGAAAUAUCGAAAGCACGAGCAGACGAAAAACGACAUACUGGGGAACACACUCUUCAAAAAGGAGAUGUUGUUUUGGUCAAACAAAAGAAGAUUAGUAAGUUGACGUCGACAUUUGACCCGGUGCCUUAUAUUGUCGUAGAAGUCAUAGGCAGUCAAAUUUCAGCAAAAAGAAAUAAUCAUAUCAUCACACGGAAUGCAAGCUUCUUCAAAAAACUUGGAGCGGAGUAUAAGCACACACCUAACGUAGAAAAUAGUGACGAAGACGACGAACUGCUUGAUGACACCAGACGCGACGACCCACAAAACCAAACCAGCAACGAUCCACCAGAUGAUGAUCGACACCACGACGGUGUUUCCGCACAGGACUCUGGUUCUCCCAACCGGUACCCCAUCAGAAGUUCAAGAGGUGUGCCACCAGAGAGGCUCAACUAUACCUAG